AUGGAGCGCGGCGCGGGUGGGCAUGAGAUGGUGGCGUUCUACGAGGCAUGGGUGGGGCGCGAGGAGCGGAUCAUCGCGGACCUGACGGGCGCGCUCCCGGCGCGGCGGCGGGACGUGCUGGCGCCGCUCGUGGACGCCGCGUUGGGGCACGUGGGGGACUACUACGAGCACAAGGCCCGCCUCGCCGACCGCGACGUGGUGGCGGCGCUCGACCCGCGCUGGCUCAACCCGCUCGAGCGCACCUUCCUCUGGGCCUGGGGGUGGAAGCCCGCGCUGGUGUUCCGCUUCGCCGACGGCGGCCUGGGCUCGCACCCGCACUACUCCCACCAGCAGCGCCGCGCGCUGGAGAACCUGCGCGGCGCCACGGAGGAGGCCGAGCGGGAGGUGGACCGGGAGGUCGCGGCCGUGCAGGAGUCGCUGGCGGGGCCCCGCGUGCUGGCGGCGCUGCGCAGGCAGCACCCGCGGUACGGCGAGGUCGACGAGGCCGUCGCCGCGGUCGGCCGCUCGCUCCGCGUGCAGCUCGCCGCGGCGGACGCGCUCCGCGAGCGCACUGUGCGGGACGUCGUCGGCAUCCUCGCGCCCGACCAGGCCGGCGCGUUCCUCGCGGCCAUGCUGAGGUUCCACCUCGGCGUGCACCGUGCCGGCCGCAACUGGGGCCCCGGCAACGGCGGCCGGAGGGGCCUCUAGUGCCCAUGGCCUCCUCUACGCGGCGUCUAAUUUCUGCAGACCAAACAAGCCACGUCUACGUUAGCUGUAACUGUCAGUGUCACUGUGUCAGUAACGGGAAUAACGGUCGCCGGCGUCGGUGACGUGCGCCUUUUGGCGUGGACCAAAUGGUCGUCGUCGCCCACACCCAGCCUCUUAAUUGUUCUGUCUCAAGACUCCAGCGUGCAGGCAUCGCAGGGGCGGAGCCAGAACCAAAGCCCCUCCUCUCUAUGCCAUUUGAAAUUUCAUGAAAUUUGAUUAUUCAAAAUUUCAA